CCCCCAAAUACAGUUGUUGAUAAGAUCAAAUCAGAUCCUGGUGGGCUUAAACCAAUAAUUUUUAGCAUCGAUCGUACGUACGACAUAAUGUUAUCUUUUCAAAAAAGUGAUCAUGAGUUGGUAUUUCAUCAGAUUCCUUCUUUAAUCUGCUUCGAACUACCCGCCACAAGAAAUCAACAAGAUCUUGUUACCAUGGAGGACAGUACAUAUGAUCCGAUCAUCAAAGCCAGGAAACUGCACGGAGACCAGUCUCCUUCAUCUAAACCUAAUUCAGCAUCUACUGAAGAUGAACACACGCAGCGAAAACUGGCUCAUCGAGGGAUCGAACGACAACGUAGGCAAGAUAUGGCUAAGCUUUAUGCUUUACUUAAAGAUCUACUUCCCUUCGAAUUGGUAAAGGGAAAGCGAUCUGCCUCGGAUCAUAUUCAUCAGGCGGUGAACUACAUCAAACACAUGCAAGAAGGUAUAAGGGUUCUAAGUGUCAAAAGAGACAGGCUCAAGAAACUGGUGGAGACAAGUGCUGUUUCUUGUACUGGGACAAAUACUAAGGAAAAAAGUUUAAGGAAUGUGUUUCCUAAUACAGUCUCAGUCAGCUCUUGUAAAGGGGGAGUUCAGAUUAUGAUCAAUAGUUGUUCACUAGAAGAUGGUUUCCCUCUUUCAAGAGUUCUAAAGGCGAUUUCGGAAGAUCUUAAGGUCAUAACCUGCACUUGUACUAAAGUAAACCAUAGGUUGAGUCACUUUAUCCAAACUGAGGCGAAUGAUUUGGUGUCAACUGAUAAUUCCAUGUUGCAAAAAAGAUUAGUCGCGAUAGCAAAUAACUACUGAAGUCAAGAAAACUGUAGAACUAAUCAAGGUAAAUUUAGUUGCUUAUAUGAGCUCAUAUUGUGGAGUUGUUUGCCAACAUACUUUUGAUUUUCUUUUUUCAAACAAAGAUAAAGUGUGGUUUAGUGUGUGUUUUACUCCUCUUCUCAUGUAAUAUGUAAGUGCAAGUAAUUACAACUUACGACAUUAAUUUGUAGCUAAUGCUAUUGAAUAGUCCUCAAGGGGGACAUGUGGUGGUAAGGUGUCUCCCCUCUAUCAUAGAGGUGUGAUACAUGUAUUGGUGGUUAAAAAUAGUAGAUUAAAAGUACGUUUGUUUGCCGUUAAAACAAAUAUUGUUAAAUCAA